CAUAUUCACAUCAUAGACAGGCCUGCAUGGUUUUCAGCUUGGUUUCGAACCGCAUCCACGCCGCGCUUUCUGAUAUGCACAUCUUUCCAUAACCUCUGUAUUGACAUAUUCCAUCAUGCCGCCAAGCCAUGAGCCCGGGGGCACACCAAUUAAGCCGCGAAGCCCAGAUUGGCCGUCGCUCCCGGUCGAGCUGCUCACUGAGAUCGCCCGGCAUGUGCUGCCUUCACAAACCGUCUGCUUCGCCGCGGUCUGCAAGGCGUUCCGCACCGCUGCAGUGCCCCUGUGCUCCAUGCUGCACGUGCCGCUGGUGUCUGACGCGCUGCUGCCGGCGGGGCCGCCGGGCGCUCCCCGGCUGGAGCUGGCGCGCAGCUACCUGCAGCUCCUGCGGCAGCAGCAGGCGCAGCAGCAGGCGCAGCAGCAGGCGCGGCUGCAGCAGCAGCUGCUGCUGUCGGGGCAGGCUGGGCCCUCGGGAUCGGCGGGAGCUACAGGGGCUGCGGCAGCAGCGGCCCCGGCUGACGUAAACGGUGGGCCAGGCGCAGGAGUAGCAACAGCAGCGGUAAGGGCAGCAGUGGCAACAGCAGCAGCAGUAGCAGCAGCAGCAGCAGCAGUAGCAGAAGCUGAGAUGGGCGCGGCAGGUGCCGAUGUGCCGGCGCUGCAGCCGCUGCUGUGCCAGUCCCAGCCGCCGGCCCGCCUGCCCGCUGGCACGCGCCUGCCGCUGCUGCCGCACCUGCUGCAGCGCUUCUCCUGCGCCACCGCCCUGGCCCUGCACCGCAACGCCCUGCACCACCCAGCCCUGGAGGCGGCGGCGCUGCAGACCGUGGUGGCCGCACAGCCGCCCGCCCCACCCGCGCCCCUGCCCCACCUGCCCCACCUGCCGCCACCGCCGCCUGGCCCUGCCGCAGGCGGUGGCGGCGGGACGCCGCCACCGCCCCACCUGCAGCAGCAGCAGCAGCAGCCGUACAACAGCAACCGCCACAACCACCAACACAACUACCACGUGGCGCUGCCCGGCUCCGUGACGCGGCUGCACGUGUACGACUCCAUCGCGUGGGACUACCCGCUGUCGCUGUCGGGCCUGGCGGGCCUCACGCAGCUGGUCACACUGAAGCUGUGGGGACUGGGCGCGCCAGGGCUGGACCCCAGCGCGCAGUGGGCGUUUGGCCGCGGGCUCCUGUCGCUCAGCGGCCUCACGCGGCUGCAGGAGCUCACGCUGAGGUGGCUGUUCGGCAGGCAGGAGGUGGUGUGGACGUGCCCCCAGACGCCGCGCCUCAUCAGCGCGCUGCAGCAGGCCGGCGCGCGGCUGCGCUGCCUGGACCUGAACGCCUUCCUGCUGGACCCGGGGUCGGCGGCCGCGCUGGGCGCCGUCAGCAGCCUGCGGUCGCUGUCGCUGUACUUUGACGCGGAGGGCGCGGGCUGGGAGGAGCUCACUCAGCUAAUGCGGCUGCCGGAGCUGACCCGCCUGGUGCUGAGCUACGAGGGGGACGCGCUCACGGGGCCGUGGGUGGGCGACGGGCCGCCCUUACUGGACGGCGCCGGACCCGACCCGCCGCCGCCGCCGCCGCCGCCACCAGCAGCAGUAGUAGCAGCAGCAGCAGCAGCAGCAGCAGCAGUGCAGCUGCCGGGGCAUCAAGGCCAAGCGCUGGGCGGGGCGGCGGCUGGGGCAGCGGCCGGCGCCGCUGGCGCCGCAGACGCGCUUCCUGCCGCCGGCGCGGACGGCGGGCAUGCGCACGCGCACGCGCACGCGCAUGCCCAGGCCCAGCCCGGCACGCCCACGCAGCAGCUGCGCGGGCGCGGCGCCGCCGCCCUCCCGCUCCCCCUCGCCGCCGCCUCCACCCCACCCGCCGGCGCCUCCGCCUCCGCCGCCACUGCUGGCGGCGGCCCGCUGCUGCCCUCCUGGGCCGGCCCUGCGCCCUACGCGCUGCAGUACCUGUCGCUCACCACCUCGCCGGCGCUGCACCGCAUCCUGCGGCGGCUGGACGUGCUGCUGCCGGCGCUCAACUACCUGUCCCUGUCCAGCGUGGGCGAGUUCGGCGCGGGGCAGCGCGAGCUGGAGGCGGGGCUCAUGGCCAUGGCGCAGGCGGGCUCACAGCUGUCGCGCAUGAAGCUUUUCUGCAUGGAGCUGCGCCCCGAGCUGCUGGCGGCCAUCACCGCCCUGCCCGCACUGCAGGAGUUGAUGCUGUUCAACGCCUGGGUCGCAGUUCCGGAGCCGCCAGCCGCGCCGCCGCCGCCGCCGCCCCAGCCGCACGUGCUGCAGGGGCUGCUGCUCCUGCCCGCGCAGAUGCAGGCGCAGGCGCAGGCGCUGCAGCAGAUACAGGCGCAGGCGCAGGCGCACCAGGCGCAGGUGCAGGCGCACCAGGCGCAGGCGCAGGCGCACCAGGCGCAGGUGCAGGCGCAGGCGCAGGCGCAGGUGCAGGCGCAAGGGCAAGGGCAGGGGCAGGGGCAAGGGCAGGGGCAAGGGCAGGGGCAGGGGCAGGGGCAAGGGCAGGGGCAAGGGCAGGGGCAAGGGCAGGGGCAGGGGCAAGGGCAGGGGCAAGGGCCAGCACCGCAGCAGCCUCAGCCUCAGGCGCAGGGGCAGGGGCAGGGGCAGGCGCAAGGGCAAGGGCAGGCACAGGGGCUGGGGCAGCAACCCCCGGCGCAGCAGCCGCAGCAGGCGCAGAUCGCUGCCAGCUGGGGGGAUGCGUUGGCGACAGAGUUGGAGGAGCACGUGCGCGUCAUUGUGAGGGCCGUGGCGGAGGCUGCGGAGGCCGCACGGGCGCAAGCGGACGCGUUGGGGAGAGUAAACACCGUUGCCGUGGGCACGCAGCAGCAGCAGCAGCAGCAGCAGCAGCAGCAGCAGCAGGCAGGCUCUGGCACCGUUGCAGACUCCAAUGCCGCCCAUGUCGGAAGCACAUUCCGGUCGACGGCUGCUGCUGCCAUGACGGUGAUCGGGGUGCUGCAGCAUAUUGUACGCACGGGGUUGGACGCGGAAGCGGCGGCAGCUGGCGGCAGCGACAGCGGCAGCAGAGCCUUGGCGCUCAUGGGACCGGGUUGGGGGCUGGAGGCGCGCCGCGUCCAGGGGACCCCCAGCACGGAUGCGGCUGUGGCGGGCGGCGGCGGUGACGCGGCAGGUGCUGUUGGCGCUGGUGUUGGUGCUGGUACUGGUACUGGUGCUGGUGCUGGCGCUGCUGCUGGCGCUGCUGAUGGUGCUGGUGCUGCUGAUGGUGGUGGUGCUGGUGCUGGUGCUGGCGCUGCUGCUGGCGAUGCUGAUGGUGCUGGUGCUGCUGAUGGUGGCGGCGCUGUGGGUGCUGCGGGUGCUGGUGGUGCUGCGGGUGCUGAUGCGUCCGGCGGGGGGCAGGCAGCGGAUGGGGAUGUGGCGGACGGCGCGGCGGCCAAGCUGCGGCUGCGGCGGGUGGGGCUGGGGCCGUUGGCGGUUCUGCAGCAGGAGGCGGAGGAGCUGGAGUCGGCUGUGACACACAUGCUGCGCAUGGCGGAGUACGCCGAUCCGCGCAAGCAUCAUCAUCAGCUGCAGCAGCAGGAGGGCCUCGAUGGCCCUUCGGGUUCGGCGGCGCCGGCGCCGGCUUUGACGGCGGCGCUGUCUCCGUACCUGGAGUCGGAGCUGGCGUCGCUGGGGGCGGUGGCGCAGGCGGUACUGCUUGAGCGCAUGGGUCGUGUGGCAGCGCUGCUUGAGAACCCCGCCGGUCCGCUAGCCGCGAUGGUGGCGUGGUUGCGGGGUGGGCGUCACUGGAAGCCGGCUGCAACGCAGUCAGCGGCGGGAGGGCCCUCGGCGGCAGGGCCGGGGCCGUCGGAACCUGCGGCGGCGGCGGCGGCGGCGGCGGCAGCGGCGGCGGCGACGCCGGCAGCUCAGGAGAUGGCGGAUGGCGCGGCGGGUCUUGCAGCAGCGGCGGGCGCGCCUACAGGCAAGGGGAAGGGCGCCGGCGCCGGGGGCUCUGGGGAGGGCGGGAGCGGCAUGCAUAGCACAAAUCCCAAUGCCAAUGGCAAUGAUAAUGAUAUUGAUGACGACCUGUACGAGCCCGCGGCGAUGCGAGCGGCCGCGCCCGCGGCUGCUGUGGGACACAGCGGCGGCGGCGGCGGCGCUUCGGGGAGCGCGGCGGCCGGGCGCAGCGGAGACAUGAGUCUGGCAGAGAUCGAGGCUCUCAGAGAAAUGGUGAGCGCAGUGAGGGCAAAGUUCGAAGCAGCGGACGGCGCAGCGGGUGGCGCAGCAGGCGGCGCAGCAGGCGGCGGCGCAGCAGCAGGCGGCGGCGCAGCAGGCGGCGGCGGCGCAGCAGGUGCAGGAGGGGCGCAUGGGCUCGCGCACCGCGGCGGGGAUGCCAUGGACGCCGACGGCGGGCAACUGGACUAUGCGGCAGCAGCGCACAGCCACAACAACAAUGGCAACAACGGCGAUGGAGAUGCAGGAGAAGAUGACAUCUUGGACAAUGUGGCGCUGGAUGAAGACCUGGACGCGGCGGUGGACCUCGCCGCACUGCUGGCGGAUCACGUCAACGCCGCGGUUGGAGCGGAUGCUGACGGCGGCGGUGGCGGCGGUGGUGGUGGCGGCGGUGGUGGUGGCGGCGGUGGUGGUGGCGGUGGUGGUGGCGGUGGUGGUGGCGGCGCGGCCGCGGGGGGUGCGGCUCCGGCGCCGCCCUCGGAGACGGCGCUGCUGCGACAGGCGGUGCGGGCGACGGCGCUGGCCCAGACCCAGCUCGAGGCGCUGGCUGUGACGUCGGGCCGCAUGAAGCAGCUGCUGGUGGAGUUUGGGCCCGAGAGCUCCACCUGCUUCAUCACGCAGGACCUGGUCCGCGCGCUGGAGCCCCUGGCGCCCGGUCUGCGCUCUCUGCACCUGCUGUCCUGGAACAUGGACGGCCUGAUGCUGGCGGGCCGCGAGCACCUGGCCUUCACUGCCUUCACAGACCUGCGCUCCCUCACCGUGGCCAAUCGCACCAGCAGCGACUCGCAGGUCCAGUUUGCGGCGCCACUGCCCGAGAACAGCGGUCACGUCAUUUACCUGGGGGAGCUACCAAGGUCGCUCAAGAGCCUGUGUCUGAACCGCGUCAACAUCAUCGCUGGUGAGCCGCCCAAUGCUGCUGCCGCCGACACGGCCUCCACACCACCGGCCGCGGCUGGUGCCGCCGGUGCGGGUAGCAGCCGCGGCGGCGGCGGCGGCGGCGCUGUUUCGGGUAGCAGCAACGGCGGCGCGACGGCGACGGUGGUGGCGGCGGGGCUGUCGGGGCCGGGGCCGUCCACUAGCAGUGCCGCGGCGCCGGCGUGUUCGAAGGCGGGUGGGGAGCUGGGUGAUGGGGACGUAGACAUGGCCGUGGCUGAGGGGCCGUCGGACUCCGCCGCACCGUCCACAGCAGCCACAGCCGCAUCACGCACAGCAUCAGCAACCACAGCACACGCAGCACCAGCAGCAGCUCCACCACCACCUACAGCAUCAUCUGCAGCAGCACCGGGUCUUGCGCCGCCGCCGCUGGUGGCGCCGCCGCUGGUGGCGCCGCCGCUGGUGGCGCCCAGCCUAGUGCACGUGUGGUUGGCGGACUGCAACGUGGGCGGCGCGGGGCCGGCGGCGCUGGUGGGCGCGCUGCCGGCGCUGCAGACGCUGGUGGUCCGGCACGUGAGCAAGCACGAGGACUUGCCAGCCUGCCUGCUGCAGAGCCUGCGGGGGCUCAAGGACCUGACCACGCUGGGUCUGGGCGGCUUCCACCACCGGCUGCUGCCGGAGCUGCACGGGCUGACGCAGCUGCGGCACCUCAUGCUGGACCCGCGCCGCUUCGAGGACGUGGAGGUGGACGCCGAGGCCUGGGGCGGCGUGGCGGUGGUUGACGCGGACCGCUCGUUGGCCUUUCACGAGGGCGUGAUGGGGCUGGUGGCGGCGGGCGGCGGCGGCGGGGGCGGCGGCGGCUCCCGGCUGCGCAGCGUGUGGCUGCCGGACUGGGCCGUGCCGCCCCACCAGCUGGUGCAGUGGCAGCUGCAGGUGGCGGAGGCCGCGCCGCUGGCCGCGCUGCGACUGGUGGACUUCCACUACUUCUGGCGCCUGCCCGCGCCCGUGGGCUGCCCCGAGGUGCAGGACCGCCUGCAGUGGUGGGGCUUCGACGCCUGGAACGUGCUAUGAGCCUAUGAGCCAGGAGCGCAGGCAGGCAGGGGCUUUGAGUCGGGAGCGCAGGCGGGCAGCAGGGCUGGGGAGAGUUAGGGUGGAGGCUAUCGUGGAGGCGGAGCGAUGCUGCGCAAGCGAGCUUUGGCGUGAGGAUGAGUACAGUAGGGGAACUUGCGCUUGUGCUCUUGAAGGUGACGGGACGGGCGCUGGGCAUUCGUGACGUAAACCGCAUGUGGGGUAUGCAAUGGCGGGGGUUAGCAGCCGAUGAGAGGGUUGCAGCUGGCAGGCGCACUUGGUGGAGAAGAAGGGGAGGGUGGGACCUCCGGGGAGGCUCGGGUAAGGCACGGGGGCAAAGGACACGGCAGGCUUGCCAGCACUGUGAGUUGAGGUGGUGGGCCUGGAAUGCAGCAGGACCCGUCAAGGCCACCCAUAUCGCAGACAACAGAAGGCGGUAGGGGUGUGGAGGCGAGCAUAGCUGCAUAGGAGGGCACCAAAGCGGACUUACUUUGGGUGCGGUGACUGGAGCUGGACGCACGCGGGAGGUCAUAGCGCAGACCAAACAUAUUGUUGCUCCGUGUCCGUGGGAACGCGGCGAGUGCUCGACAGCGCCUCGGAUGCCCCCAAUGGGCUGGACAGCGAGAGUCCGCUGGUGAGGGUGGGCGGGUGUAAACGACCCAUUCAGGCUGCCAAUUCCCUUUGUACGGCUUUCCUAUGCAUGGAGUUGAACCUGGAUGGUAGGACGCAAACCGCCAUAGUCAGGGCCAAGCUGGUUGCGGCGGGUGUACCGUGUGAGUGGC